AUGGUCGAUAGACAAAUUGAAGACACGCACGAGGUGCUCGAGGCGCAAACACCGAUACUCGAAAACAUGGUUAUUGGAGUACCGCCUGUGUUUGAAGGGUUGACGAAGCAGCUUGACAAGAUCGUCGAGCAGCCGCUGUUGGGUCCGAGAGCAGAGUUCCCCGCAGCGAGUUUUGCAUCUGCGCGGAAGAAUGAGUCUGGAAGGCGAUUACCGCAGGCGAUCGCGCAUCGAGGGUUCAAGGCGAAGUUCCCGGAGAACACAAUGGGCGCAUUCAGAGGAGCCGUAGAAAUUGGCGCUGAUGCUGUUGAGACGGACAUACACUUAACAAGAGACGGUGUUGUUGUGUUGUCGCACGACAAAGAUUUGAAGCGUUGCUUUGGGCGAAAAGAGAAGCUCAUCGACUGCGACUACGAGUUUGUGAGCAAGCUGAAGACACUGAAAGAGCCACACGAGUCGAUGCCGAGGUUGGCUGAUCUGCUUGAAUACCUUGCGCAACCUGGACUAGAGGAAAUCUGGCUGCUGCUGGACAUCAAGCUCGACAACAACGCCGACGAUGUAAUGCGCCUGAUCAGUGAGACGAUUCGAAGUGUCCCUCCUUCGCCAUCAAAACCGUGGGAGAGUCGCAUUGUGCUGGGCUGCUGGGCAGCAAAGUACCUGCCGCUGUGCUCCCAAUAUUUGCCCGGUUUCCCAGUGUCACACAUUGGCUUCUCGGUCAUCGUUGCCUCGUACUUUUUUACAGUACCGAACGUGUCGUUCAACAUGAACCAGGCAGUGCUGAUGCCGCCAUGGGGCAAGGCGUUCAUUCGAAAGGCGCAGCGUGAUGGCCGGCCUGUAUAUGCGUGGACGGUGAACGACGCUCGGCGUAUGCGGUGGGAUAUCCAGCAAGGCCUGGACGGCGUCAUUACAGACGACCCGGAGCUUUUCUUGGAAGUGCGCCGAGGCUGGCAUGAGGGGACGAAGCAUGGACUUCGUACACGGGACUGGCUGGACGUCAUGAGAGUGAACUUCUUUGCUCUCAUAUACUCGAUAUUGUUCCAGCUCAUGUUUGGCUUUGGGCAGGACAAGCGAGAAAUAAUAACGCUGCAGGCUGGCCAAUGCGGCAACAGCGUCGGUCAACAAUUCUGGCAGCAGCUGUGUCAAGAGCAUGGCAUCAACCAGGACGGCAACCUCGAAGACUUCGCGACGGAAGGUGGCGAUCGCAAGGAUGUCUUCUUCUACCAGUCUGACGACACUCGCUACAUUCCACGCGCCAUUCUCCUCGACCUCGAGCCUAGGGUGCUCAACUCCAUUCAAUCGAGCGCCUAUAAGAACAUCUACAACCCAGAGAACUUCUACAUACACAAGUCGGGCACUGGUGCUGGUAACAACUGGGGUAUGGGAUACAGUAUGGGUGAGACAGUUCAUGAAGAGAUCCUCGAUAUGAUCGACCGCGAGGCCGACGGCUCAGAUUCGCUAGAAGGCUUCAUGAUGCUGCACUCCAUUGCUGGAGGCACUGGCUCUGGUCUAGGAUCAUACAUGUUGGAACGGUUGAAUGAUCGCUUCCCCAAGAAGCUCAUCCAGACAUACAGUGUCUUCCCAAACACUCAGGACGGCGACAUCGUCGUUCAGCCAUAUAAUAGUCUGCUCAGCAUGCGUCGAUUGACGCAGAACGCAGACUCAGUCGUGGUCCUGGACAACGGCGCUCUGUCCAAGAUUGCUGCGGACCGAUUGCAUGUACUGAAUCCCUCCUUUGAGCAGACCAACCAGCUUGUGUCGACCGUCAUGUCCGCUAGCACAACCACCUUGCGCUACCCCGGCUACAUGCACAACGAUUUGGUUGGCAUCGUUGCCUCCCUCAUUCCCACACCACGCUGUCACUUCCUCAUGACUGCGUACACACCUUUCUCUGGCGAGAACGUAGAACAGGCGAAGACAGUCCGCAAGACCACCGUGCUGGAUGUUAUGCGGCGAUUGCUCCAGCCCAAGAACCGCAUGGUCUCGACCAACCCCACCAAGAAGAGCUGCUACAUGUCCAUUUUGAACAUCAUUCAGGGAGAGGCAGACCCGUCGGACGUACACAAAUCGCUCAUGCGUAUCCGCGAACGACGACUCGCUACCUUUAUUCCUUGGGGCCCUGCCUCGAUUCAGGUCGCCCUCACUAAGAAGUCGCCCUACGUACAAUCGUCACACCGAGUGUCCGGUCUCAUGCUGGCAAAUCACACCGGUAUUGCAACGCUCUUCAAGCGCAUCGUAGCGCAGUACUCCACGCUGAGGAAACGCAAUGCCUUCCUCGAAAGCUACAAGCGCGAAGCACCCUUCAAGGAUGGCCUCGGCGAGUUCGACGAAGCUAAGGAAGUCGUCCAAGGCUUGAUCGAGGAGUACGAGGAUGCGGAGAACGCAGACUACCUGAGCAAGGAGACACCGCCAACCGACGAGGACGGCGACAAGAGAGUCGGCUGA